UACCCUUGAUGAGCGGCCACUCCACUGUCCACACUUGACCCAUAUCGAACACCUGUUCCAUGACUUUCCCCUCUUGCUUCCUUCUUCUGAUACUCGCCCUAACAGCGGCGGCGGCCGCGGCCGAAGCGGUGGGGAUGGCUGAGGCAACCGCCGCCGCCUCUGGGGCCUCGAGGAAGAAGAUUUACAUCUUCCGUGUCGACCAUCUCGCGAAGCCUUCGGUCUUCCCUACUCUGGCACACUGGUACGCCUCCGCAGCCUUCUCCAUCGGAGCCGCCGACCCGCUCCCUCUCCUCCAUGUCUACGACACCGUUUUCCAUGGCUUCUCUGCCUCGCUCUCUGAGAUCCGCGCCGUCGCCCUCGCGGCGCACCCUAAUGUGCUCGCCGUCUUCGAGGACCGCGUUCGCCACCCGGACACCACCCGCUCCCCGCAGUUCCUCGGCCUACGUAACCAGGUUGGGCUCUGGUCUGAUUCUGACUACGGAUCUGAUGUCAUAGUCGGUGUGCUUGACACCGGCGUUUGGCCCGAGCGUCGUAGCUUCUCGGACCGCAACCUCGGCCCCGUGCCUUCGCGGUGGCGCGGCGCCUGCGAGACGGGCCCUGGAUUUCCUGCGUCUCUCUGCAAUCGCAAGCUCAUUGGAGCUAGAUUCUUCUCCAAGGGGCACGAUGCCGCCUUCGUCGGUGGCGGCGGCGCCGGAAUCAACGAAACGGUUGAGUCGCGCUCCCCCCGCGACGCCGAUGGCCAUGGUACGCACACCGCUUCGACCGCAGCCGGCCGCCACUCUUUUGACGCGAGCAUGGCUGGCUACGCUGAAGGCAUUGCCAAGGGAGUCGCGCCGAAGGCUCGCGUGGCUACCUACAAGGUUUGCUGGAAAGGCUCCGGAUGUCUUGAUUCCGACAUCCUCGCCGGAUUCGAUCGCGCUGUUGCUGACGGUGUGGACGUCAUCUCCGUCUCCAUCGGCGGUGGAGAUGGCAUGGCCUCGCCUUUCUAUCUCGACCCUAUUGCCAUCGGUUCGUACGGCGCCGUCUUCCGUGGCGUUUUCGUUGCCUCCUCAGCUGGCAACGACGGUCCGGUCUCCAUGUCCGUCACCAACCUUGCCCCUUGGCUCACCACCGUUGGUGCUGGCACCAUCGACCGCAACUUUCCGGCUGACAUUUUGCUCGGCAACGGCCGACGUCUCUCUGGCGUCUCCCUCUACUCGGGGAAGCCACUCAACGGAUCUGCUUACCCGCUGGUCUACCCAGGCAAAUCCAGCGGCCUCUCCGCUUCCCUAUGUAUGGAGAAUUCCCUAGACCCCAAGUUGGUUGCCGGCAAGAUCGUGAUCUGCGACCGCGGCAGCAGCCCGCGAGUGGCGAAGGGACUCGUCGUGAAGGAAGCGGGUGGUGUUGGGAUGAUCCUCGCUAACAGCGCUUCUAACGGAGAGGGUCUCGUCGGAGACGCUCAUAUCCUUCCUGCUUGCGCCGUCGGCUCCGCCGAGGGUGAAGCCAUCAAGACCUACGCCGCCUCUGUUGCUGCUCCUACGGCCACCAUCCAGUUCAAGGGCACAGUGGUGGGCGUGAGGCCGGCCCCGGUGGUGGCGUCCUUCUCCGGCCGCGGUCCCAAUGGCAUCGCCCCGGCUGUCCUGAAGCCAGACAUAAUCGCUCCCGGGGUGAACAUCCUCGCAGCGUGGACCGGAGCAACUGGACCAACCGGCCUAGACUCUGACGGCCGGAGGACGGAGUUCAACAUCCUCUCAGGCACCUCCAUGGCGUGUCCGCACGUCAGCGGCGCAGCGGCUCUGCUGAAGUCCGCCCAUCCCGACUGGAGCCCAGCGGCGAUCCGAUCAGCAAUGAUGACCACAGCGAGCAUCACAGACAACCUCCGCCGUCCUCUGACGGACGAAUUAACUGGGAAGCCAGCAACGCCGUUGGACUUUGGAGCCGGGCAUCUAAACCUGGGUCGGGCCAUGGAUCCAGGCCUCAUCUACGAUCUAUCAGACGAGGACUACGUUGCUUUCCUCUGCUCCAUCGGCUACGAUCCGAGGACGGUACAGGUGAUCACCCAUGUACCAGUGGCAUGCCCUGCCAAGAAGCCGACCAUGGAGGACCUCAACUACCCGUCCAUAUCCGUGGCGUUCGACGGAGUGUCUGCCACGAAGAACCAGAGCAGGACGGUGAGGCGGACGGCGACGAAUGUAGGGGCGGAAGCGUCGGCGGUGUACCGUUCGAGGGUGGAGGUGGCGGCCACGCAGGGACUGGCCAUCAAUGUGAGGCCAAGGAAGCUGGUCUUCACUGCCGGCGCCAGGAAACAGAGCUUCUCCGUGACGGUGACUGCCACGUCGGCGGCGGCAGCGGCGGCCGGGAGCGACGGAGACGGAGGGGGGCAAUACGGUUACUUGGUGUGGUCGGAUGGGGCGCAUCAGGUUCGGAGUCCAAUCGUGGUUUCGUGGAUGCAACCGCUGUAGGAGUGACCGUAACGGACAAGUAAAGCUCAAAAGUCAAGUGGCGAAUCCAGGAGUUCAAAUAUGGAGAGAUGAUCAUGAAAAACAAGGGGCGACAUCCUCCAUCUCCACCAGUAGAGCUCCAUAAUACUAGGGGUUUCAUUGCCGGCAAGGGGGGCGACCGCCUAUGCCGCCCCCCGUGGAUGGAGAUUUGAGUGUUUGUUAUAGAUUUU